AUGUUUGUGGUCCUCGCCGAUGCCUUGAUCCUCCCUUUUCAGCUUGCUUUCAAGAAUGAAAAGCAGGAUGGCUUCGACGAGUUUUGGUUUUGGUGGACUACGAUUUUGUUUGGCCUCGACAUAAUUGCCAACUUCAAUACGGCGAUCCAAGUGGAUGACGAUGGCAGUCGGCCGGAUGCUUUGAUCCGUGACAGGACGGGGGCGCGUCUUGGUGCUCCGGCCCGAGGUUGGUUUGGCAUCGACUUCUUCAGCACGGUUCCAUGGCCCCGCUUAGUCUCGAUCUUCGCCGGAAGCGAAGAAGGAGGUGGUUCCACCCAGGCCGCCAAGCUGCUCAAGGUGGUGAAGUUUCUUCGCCUGAUGAGGUUGAUGCGCAUGCUUCGCAUGGCCAAGCUCCGAAAGCUGUGGGAGCGUGUUGAGGACGAGAUUGGCUCCGUGCUCCUGGUGCAGUCGAUGAUGCUGGUUCGCAUCCUCGUCAUUGUUGUUGCCAUUUGCCACUGGAGCGCGUGCAUCUUCUGGAUCGUUGGGAGUCCGGAAAGCCUCAUCACAGAUCUCAUGCCCAAUGAGAUGUACCAGGAGUUUGCGCAAGUACCUCACUGGACGACCAUCUACAGGACCCAUGGCCCGGAGCAAGAAGUUUGGCGUUGGGUCGACCGGCCGACGUCAGAGUCGUACAUUUUCUGCUUCUAUUGGACGUUGGGAGUUAUGAGGACCAUGCCGGCCGAGGUCACUCCAGUGAACUUGGCUGAGCGGGUCUUUGUCCUGCUGUUCAUGUUCUUUGCGCUUUCUGCCUUUGCAAUCUCGGUGGCUUCGCUCACGCAAGCAUACUUCAAGAUUUCAGAGCGCAGCCGGUCCUUCACUGACGAGCUCUUCGCCGUGCGGAUGCACAUGAAGAAGCUGAAGAUGGACCAGCAAUGCAGGCCCAUAGCGUUCAGGGUUCUGAAGCCUUGA